AUGGUUCUUUUUUCUGUCAUCAAAAUUACUAUUAUUUUUAUGCUAAUUAUCGUAAAGAUUACUAAUAGUGCUGGCAAAUCUAUCGCGUGCGAUGGUGUAAUCCAAGUCCGCGACCAACAAGACCUCGACGGUUUACAGAACUGUCCAACCUUCUCGGGCACAAUCGCAAUAAUCUCAACUCCUCUAAAAUCACUCAUCAUCCCACAUAUUCAAAAUCUACGCGGGACAAUCGAUGUACAAAAUAAUCCAUCUUUGGCAAUGAUAGCAGUUCCUCAUUUGAAGAACGCGAACAAUUUUGUGCUGAACGAAAAUCGCGCGUUGAAUAUUGUCGAUGUACCGUCCAUGACUCAAGCAACCACAUUUAGUAUUAAUGGUGCUCCGUCAUUGAAAUCUGUUAAUUUCCCUUCGCGUCUUGGUCAAAUUGGGAAUUUGGAAUUAUCGAAUACAGGUGUGAAGGAAUUGAAUGGGGUGGACGCAAAAGAGAUUAAUAGUUUAAGAUUGACGAAUAAUGCGGAUUUGGAUAAUGUUUCUUUGACGAAUACUAAAUCGGUUGGAACAAUUUCUCUUUCGAAUAAUGCAAAGGCUGGACUUCAUUUUGAUGCUCAGAAUUUAGGUGAACUUGGUGAGGGCGAAUUCAAAAACCUUGCAUCAACUUCAUUUCCGUCUCUUACGAAAGUAACAUCCAGUCUAACAUUCAACGAAAACUCUAUGAAAUCACUCGAGAUUCCAAAACUAUCUGAAAUCGGCGGAACAUUGCAAAUCACUUCAAAUGGUAACCUUAAAUCAACUGCUUUUUCAGACUUGACACACAUUGGCGGAACACUUUUCGUGUUAAACAAUCCACAACUCGCCAAUGUUGAUGGAUUUCCUAAUCUCGCAAAAGUUGAUGCAGCCGUUGAUAUUACUGGCAGUUUUGACAAAAUGUCGAUGCCGGCAUUACGUGAUGUUCGCGGUGGAAUGAAUGUUCAAUCGAGCUCAAACGCAUUUAAAUGUGACACUAUUAAUGGUUUCAAAGGAAAUGUGGUCAAAGGAGAUGACGAUAAUUUUACAUGCGUAACUGGAGUCAUGGAUCCCAAGCCGCGAAUUAGUAAAGUCAAAGAUGACAAU